CUCCUUUGGUGCUCUGUUGGAAGCUGGGGCUGGGCGCGGGGUGCCCCCCGGCCGCCGCCCAGCAGCCCGCCGCUCUCCAUCAUGGGCCUCAUGCCGCUCACCAAGGAGGUGGCCAAGGGCAGCAUCGGGCGCGGCGUACUGCCCGCCGUGGAACUGGCCAUCGAGCAGAUCCGCAACGAGUCGCUCCUGCGCCCCUACUUUCUUGACCUGCGACUCUACGACACCGAGUGUGACAAUGCAAAAGGCUUGAAGGCCUUCUACGACGCAAUAAAAUACGGGCCGAACCACUUGAUGGUGUUUGGAGGCGUCUGUCCGUCGGUCACGUCCAUCAUCGCAGAGUCCCUCCAAGGCUGGAAUCUGGUGCAGCUUUCCUUCGCUGCGACCACGCCUGUCCUGGCUGAUAAGAAGAAAUACCCUUAUUUCUUUCGGACUGUCCCAUCAGAUAACGCGGUGAACCCGGCCAUCCUCAAGUUGCUGAAGUACUACCAGUGGAAGCGGGUGGGCACCCUGACACAGGACGUGCAGAGGUUCUCCGAGGUGAGGAACGACCUGACUGGCGUUCUUUAUGGCGAGGACAUUGAAAUCUCCGACACAGAGAGCUUCUCCAAUGAUCCCUGCACCAGUGUCAAAAAGCUUAAGGGAAAUGACGUUCGGAUCAUCCUUGGCCAGUUCGACCAGAAUAUGGCGGCAAAAGUGUUCUGUUGUGCGUACGAGGAGAACAUGUAUGGCAGCAAAUACCAGUGGAUCAUCCCAGGCUGGUACGAGCCUUCCUGGUGGGAGCAGGUACACACGGAAGCCAACUCAUCCCACUGCCUCCGUAAGAACCUGCUUGCUGCCAUGGAGGGCUACAUCGGCGUGGACUUCGAGCCUCUGAGCUCCAAGCAGAUCAAGACCAUCUCGGGAAAGACUCCACAGCAGUAUGAGAGAGAGUACAACAGUAAGCGCUCAGGCGUGGGGCCCAGCAAGUUCCACGGGUACGCCUACGAUGGCAUCUGGGUCAUCGCUAAGACGCUGCAGAGGGCCAUGGAGACGCUGCAUGCUGGCAGCCGGCACCAACGGAUCCAAGACUUCAACUACACGGACCACACGCUGGGCAGGAUCAUCCUCAACGCCAUGAACGAGACAAACUUCUUUGGAGUCACGGAUGCUUAUAGUCUCCAGAAUGGGAAUGACUGGGCAGAGAGCUACCGAGUGCAGGAAGCGUUUGCCAUCUCGUAG